AUGGCAAAACAUAAUCUGGCUUCAUGGUGUACCUUUGUUCUCCUGGUUCUCAUGUGUCCAGGGCUGAAUUAUCAGUUAGCCGUGGAAGCUGCGAGAAUAGGGAGAACUUUGGGUAAUCAUCGUGCUGACAUAGAUCAAAAGAACCCCGUGAAGAACCCGGUGAAGCAUGCUAAAGAGGCUGCCAAUGGCGCAGAACUAAGAGGGAUUACUUUGGGUAAUCAUCAUUCUGAGAUAGGGAAAAAGCACCGCAUGGAGCCUGUCAAAAAGGCUGCUGAUCCCGUGGAAAUAAAAGGGCGAAGUUGGGGUAAUCAUCACGCUGGCAUAGAUAAACAGUACCCCAAGGAGAGUGCUAAUGGCUGGGAACCAACAAGCAGAACUUUCGGUAAUUAUCCUACUGAUAUGGAUCUUGCCAAAGAGGCUGCUAAUGGUAUUGAACCAACAGGGAGAACUUUGGGUAGUAGACAUCCUGACAUAGUUAAAGAGCACCGCAUGGAGCGUGCUAAAGAGGCUGCAAAUCGCGUGAAGCUAACGGCUAACGGUUAUGGACAUUAUGGUGGAGAGAUGGGUGGGAGUGGACAAGGAUCAGGUUCUCGAGAUGGACAUGGUUUUGGGGCUGGAGGUGGAUUCGGCAAUGGAGGUGGACCAGACAAUGGAUAUGGCCCUGGAGGCGGGAAUGGUGGUGGAUUUGGUGGUGGUUCUCGUGGAGCAGGGAGUUAUGGUCCGGGAGGCAGAUUUGGGCCUGGUGGUGGGCACAAUGGUGGCUGGGAUGGAGGAAGUUAUGGUCCUGGCGGGGGAAGUGAUCAGUAUGGCUCUGGCCGGGGCUGGCAUUCGGGUUCAGGCUCAGCAUAUGGCAGCCAAGAUGGAGGAGCUGAACAAUAUAGCCUCAAACGCCCCAAAAUUUUGCCAACAGGCAAGUCAAUGAAGGACAAAGAGGAUCCUGAACAGCCCUAA